AUGGCCGUACACGUUAGUAGGACAUUUUUGAUAAGCAAAUUCAAAGACUUUUUUUAUUUUAUCCAGAGAAGGUAUCGCGUUAAAACUAAAUGGGCUACUACAAGAGCAAAAUUCCCAGCUACUGCCCUCGCUCUGCAAAACUUUGAUGCGACAUACAGCAAGCAGUUAGGGGACGUGUGGCCUUCUGUUCGUGUUGGAAUGCUGUCGGAACAGAAGUAUGGAGCGUUGAUGAACACCUUUGCAUCUCCUGAUGACGCAAUAUCCGACUUGCAUUCCCGAGGGUGCAGAGACUUCAUUAGUGUUGCGAGCUCCAGCGAUGAUGGAAAAAACAGUCACGAGCUUUUGCAAAAAUCGGAACUCCAUAAUCAUGCUGCAACUGUAGACACGUUUGAAACAGCUACUGCGUGCACUCGUAUCAGCUCAAAUAUCCAGUGUUUGGUCUUUCCAAGGGGAGACAUAUCUCGAUUCAAACCGGCAAGGCCAGGCAACAACGGGUUAUUAGGUUAUUAUCUGCUGGAUGCAGCUUCUGUGCUACCAGUCCUGGCGCUGGAUGUCCAGCCAGGACACACUGUGCUGGACCUCUGUGCUGGCCCCGGUGGGAAGACCCUCGCAAUCCUUCAGUCUCAAGCUGUCAGGUUUCUCUGGGCGAAUGACUUGGCAGGGUCUCGCACAGCUCGGCUCCGCAGGACACUGCAGAGCUACCUGCCCAAAGAGAUCCUGAGAAUCAUUCAUAUUACUUCUUUCGAUGGUCGGAAUUGGAGAAAUAUGGACUGCACCUUUGACAGAGUCCUGGUGGAUGUCCCCUGCACAACAGACAGACAUUCUUUAAUGGAGGAGGAAAAUAAUAUAUUUAAGCGCGCCAGGACUAAAGAGAGACAGAAGCUUCCUUUACUACAGACAGAGCUCCUCUUGGCUGGGAUCCAGGCUACACGGCCAGGUGGGGAGGUGGUGUAUUCCACGUGCUCGCUCUCCCACCUGCAGAAUGAGUGUGUGGUGGAGCAGGCCAUCAGCGUUGCUCGUCGAGAGAUGGGCAUCACGUUGCACGUGCAGGACCUCGGGAGCUUUAUCCAGAUCUUUUCCGGAACUUUCCAUUUUGCACCGCAGACAGCAACAGGGGUGCUCGUCUUGCCACACCUGUGCGCAAAUUUUGGGCCAACUUACAUGUGCAAACUGCAACGGGUCAGCUAGAGGUUUCCAGUUUAAGUGGUCAGCUUGGAAAAAACACAGCACCCUGCUUUCAUACAAAUGACUUGUUGGCAGUUUAUGUACAUUAAUAUGGUGGUGCCACUGUAUGAAGAGGAUUAUCGUUUAAACUUGGCAAGGGAAUUUCUGUGUUCUCUACUCAAAGAAGGAUAGUAAAUGUCUAAAUUAAUAUUGGUUUUGAAGUAUAUGCCGCCAUAUUGCUUUAGUCAGUGAAAUAAAAUAAAAUCUAGGCUUAAAUCUA